AUGGAAGUCGACAACAGUGUCACAAAUCCUACUGUCGAGGAGCCGCGGCCGCCCAGAACCCACAUCGACUCGACGCCGCUGCCGACCGAUUCGAUGGUGACUGUGCCACUGUCCGAGGCCGACACGAACGACGAUGAUCUGCGGACGUCUAUGAUACGACCAGAGAUUGUAGUAGAUGAGCGGAGGUUAUCAUCACGGCCAAGCUCAGACGAGAUUCACAAGGCAUUCGGCCGUCGAGGGAGUCAAAGCAGUGUUAUCGCACCAUCAUCGAACAGCCCGACGGUAUCAGUCUUCGACGUCGACGCAGCAGAUACAACCAAGUCCACCCGCUCGAGGGGUGGGAGCGACAGCUCAGGAGAUGCAAAGGUUGACUGGGCAGAGCUGGAAAAGAAGGAAACACAGCAGAGCCAUGCAGGCCAGGAUGACGCCAUGGCUUUGCUCCUUGCACGCCUGGAGCAGGAGAAUGAUGCCCUGAUGUCCGAUUCCAAGGCAGGCAUGAAGCCCAAUUUCAAAACUACCCGAGCCCGUAGCCAGUCUCGCCCACCAUCCUUCCAGCAGCUCAAGCGCCUUGUGCAGAACGAUGCAUCCGAUGUUCGGUUCUCGCAGCUACCAUCACCACCGCCCAUGACUGAGCUCGAAUUUUGGGCAGCUCUUGUCCGCGAUUACCCACAAGUGGUGCAGCGAUUACCAACGCUCUGUCUGAACAAGAUUCGCGGAGGCAUUCCUGCACCGCUACGAGGUGUGGUCUGGCAGAGUGCCUCUGGAUCGCGCGACAAGUUGAUUGAGGACCAAUACGAAGUGUUAUGUGGGGAGUCAAGUCCCUACGAGAAUAUUAUCAACAAAGAUCUCGGUCGAAGUUUUCCCGGCGUCGAGAUGUUUAAAGACCCAGAGGGCGAAGGCCAGAAGAUGUUGGGCCGCGUGCUGAAGUGCUUUAGCUUGUAUGACAACAAGAUAGGGUACUGUCAGGGUCUAGGUUUCCUGGUUGGUCCGCUCCUCAUGCAGAUGGGCGACAAGGAGGCUUUUUGCGUGCUUGUCAGGCUCAUGGAAGAUUACGACCUCCGCUCUUGCUUCCUUCCUGACCUCUCAGGUCUGCAUCUUCGCAUUUUUCAAUUCCAGAAACUAUUGAGUCAGCACAUGCCGGAUCUUGCACUGCAUCUUGAGGAGAUGCAGAUUGAAUCCGCGUACCUCUCGCAGUGGUUCUUGUCUUUCUUCGCAGUCACAUGUCCUUUGCCAAUGUUGUUCCGCAUUUACGAUGUACUCUUCGCGGAGGGCGCCUCCGAAACCAUCAUGCGCGUUGCUCUUGCGCUCAUGAAGAGAAAUGAAGCGAAGUUGCUCUCGUUGACUGAGAUGGAAGAUGUCAUGCAACUAUUACUUGGUCGCCAGUUAUGGGAUCCUUACGGGCGAAACGCACACUCAGCGGACGACCUGGUCAGCGAUUUCGUUUCGUUUACUAACGAUGUCACGCGAGAAAAGUUGCAGGGAUUAGAACAGCAGUACAAGGAGGCGCAGGAGAAGGAAUCCGCCAAGCAACAAGUUAACAAAUCCGCUACGUCGUUUUUGGGCCGCUUGUGGGGCCCUUCUAAUUCGUCUACGAAGUCCGUGUCUCUCAGCCCGGGCCUAUCCGCGCCUUCACGCCCUGUCAGCUUCCUGAGAAGGACACCGUCGAAACAAAGCCUCGCUUCUACAUUGAACUCUACCGCUGAGUCCGAUACAUCAGCGGUGACACAAAGUACCGCUUUAACUGACCUUUCUCGAGCUUCUCGUGCAGAUACUAUGUCAAUUAAAUCAGGACACGCGUCCGUUGCCAUGAGUAUCUCAGCGAAAGAUAGGGACCUGCAUUAUCAGAUCGAGCAGCUCCUUAUGUCCGUGAGCCAGCUGCAGCGACAGAACAGCGAGCUUGAGGCUGCAUUACAGAAGCAGCGCGAGGAUCGGAAGGAAGAUCAUCGGAUUGUGCGGUCUAUUGUUGAUAAAAUUCGAAAGAAGGAAUCAUCACUAUCUGCACCAUCAUCUCGGGCAUCACGACGAAGGACAACCAUCACGGCCGCUACCGAUGUUCCGGCUGGUGGCGACUCGUCGUCAGAGCUAUCAGGAGACGAUGCUGAUGUAGUGGAAACCCUGGAAUCUCAGUUUCCAGCCACUCAAUCGCAUCAUCGUACUUCUUCCAUGUUCGAGACGAAGCAGUCACUUCGCGAUAACUUGACACGAAACAAAGAACAGUUGACCUUGGAGACAUCACGUACGCAGGCACUGUCUCGCGAGCUCGACGAACGCCAGUCUGAACUUCAGAAUGCACGAGACGCGCUCAAAGACACACGAAAUCGUCUCGCAGACUCAUACAACCAGAACCAGAGACUGGAGAGGACGAUCAACGAAUUGCGACAAAAUGCACGCAAGGCCUCUGCAGCAGCAAGUUGGAUUUCCGCAGACGACACAUCACCUAACACAACCCCUACGCUGAGCAGGAGCACUACAUCCGAGAGUGUCACAGGCUUGAGAGAGCUACGUCUUGGCCGGACUGCGUCACAGAAGUCGACUCGCGAACAUCCACCAUCCAUGACUUUCACAAAGCGAUCUUCGUCGCUCGCAAUGCAGCCGAUUUCUGCAAACGACAAUAACACGCCCACCGACAACGAGCAACUGCUCCUCGAGCUUGUGAACGCAAAGACUGCUGAAGCCGUUGCGCGACAGGAACUAGAGGAGACGAGGGCUAAGCUUGAAAGUCUAAAGAGGACUAUGAAUGCGCAGCCCACUACAAGUGUUACGGCAAGUCCAGCAGUAACGCCGACUCCAACGCCUGGCACUGUGCACGAUGUUAAGAAAGAAGGUGCUGCAGGCGGUGGUUGGACAUGGGGGGGAUGGAAGAGGACGGUCAGCACUUCGAAUGCCAGCAUCUCGUAG